ACCACAGAGAUGAAACUUGAAGGAGGAAGCAACACACCAUCAAUGUAUCGCAUGGAGCACGCUGGUGUCAUGUGAAUAGAUAUGACAAAAACAGCUCUCCUUAAAUUGUUUGUGGCAAUAGUGAUCACGUUCAUUUUAAUUUUGCCAGAACACUUCAAGACACCAAAAGGAAGAACAUUGGAGCUUUCCUGUCUGGAAGAGUGUUUGCAGCCUAAUUCCACCUAUUCGCUGUCCUCCUUAAAUUUUUCUUUUGUGACUUUUCUGCAACCAGUAAGGGAAACUCAGACUAUGAUGGGAAUCUUUCUAAAUUCCUCUACUUUCCAAAACUUCACGAAGAUUUGCCAAGACAUCACAAGUGAAUUUAAAAUAUGCUCCUCAUGUUUGGUUUGUGAAUCCAAAGGAAACAUGGAUUCCAUUUCUCAGGAACAAACAUCAAAAGUUCUUAUCAUGAGAGGAUCAAUGGAAAUGAAAGAAAAUGAUUUUUAUUCACCUUGUCAACAUUUUAACUUCACUGCGACUCCUAUAGUUGACUACAUGGGGGAAUAUAACACUACCUGCCAUCUAAAAAACCACACUAGAAAAUCAAUAAGAGUGGAAGAAGAUCCAAUCAAGGAAAAGUCUACAAAUCACACUUGUAGAAUUAUGGACUAUCCUAACAAUUGUAUUCACAUUUCUUUGCACCUAGAAAUGGACAUAAAAAAUGUUACCUGUCCCACGAAGAUCACUUGGUAUAUUUUAAUUCUAUUAGUUUUUAUAUUUUUUAUCAUCCUCAUUAUCUUCAAAAUAGUUAAAGGCCACAGGAGAAUACAGAUGUGGCAGGGUCAUAAAUACAAAGGUACAUCUGUUCUUCUAAGAGGAAGCGAUUCUGAGAAACAGAGAGCAUUGAACGUGCGGGUUAUUUCAGAGUCCACACCGGGGCUGUCCUUGGCUCAGAUAGAGGAAGUGCUCCCCCCAAUACCAGAACUGGAAACUACUUCUGCAGUUCAUCGAGAUCAAUACACAUGAUUAUCCCUGAGCAAAUUGGACUGAACCCUAUUGAAGAAUGCUUAUAAUUUUAUUUUGGGAAUGAGUAGGUUGGUAAAUGUUUGGGUCCAGCUGAGGCUAACAAUAGGAAAGCCGUGGGAAUCAGACUUCUUGAUGGGAAGUAGCUCAGAGCUUUCAUCUGACCCAAGAGAUCAAGGGAAUGAGCCUGUUUUCAAGGAAGCAGCAUGAGUCAUGGAAAACCCAUUUCCGGUGAAACCCACGGAAAGAACAGGAGAACACUUAACUCUUAUUUUCAUCCAUCACUACAGUGGACCCAAGGUUUUAAUUUUGACCAAGAAUGGUCAAGGAUGAAAGUCCUUUCUCUCAUUGCAGAUUCUGACUGGGUGACUUUUUUCCUAUACCAAAGAUUGUUUAGUAUUUGGCAAAUUGCUUAGGAGGGCCUGGGCUAUUUGCUUAUACAUUUGUUUGCAUUUAUUAAUCUUGCCUCCUUUUGGCACUAGAAUGUUUUAAAAACAUUUCACAGAUACCAAAAUAAAAUGAUUUAAAUGAAA